ACUAAAUCACAGUUCAGCUGCUGAGAAAACGUUAAAAUGAAAGAAAAUUUUGGGAUAUUUGAUAGCUCAUGCUUCGUUAUUUGCCGUUUUUAAAGUGUUCCAUUUGUCAUGCACACUUGGGGUAUUUGAUUAUUUUUACUUUUUCUUUCGCCAAAAGAAAUGAAAAAAUUUUAAAAUUAAGCAAUUGUUUUGUUAAUUUAUGAAUUCUCUUGCGAACUAAAUGGAGCAGAAACUUUUUUGCACUCUUUCCGCAAAUUCUUUGUUACUGUAGAGCUUGUUUUCUGUACGACUGCCACUUUUCCUAAUCUUGGGUCUCUGAGAAGAGUGGAAAUACUUACUGGGGGAAAUAUAUAUGAACUGUCAGCUACAGUAUUUACUUGGCAUUUAUAGUGGGUUGCUGGGUUAUUAGGUGGGAGACGUGUUCAUGCUUGUGUGAUGGGCUCAUAUUGCUAUGACUACUAAUGGGUUGGCGGUUUUAGUCUAUUGCUAUUUUGGGUGAGACAUUUAAGAGGUAUUCAACAAUUAGAAUUGGAGUUCCUAAUUGUGUGUUGGAGAGGAUAGAUCUUGAGCAUAAACCGGAUGAGAUGGUUGCUGUGUUGCAUUUCUUAUUGGAUAUGGCAGCAAUAAACUUGGAGUUGGAGAUGCUUUUACUCUCUCUUGUAUAGUGGGAGGUUUCAAAUACCUAAGUAGAUGAUUAUGGAAUUCCCUCAAUUGGAGACAAAAAUUAAGGGUUCAUGAUGGAACUUCAUUGAUUGGGGUUAUUCUAUAGUUGGUGAAGGGAAGGAAAAGAUGUGGAAGGGUGUGACUAUGCUCUUAUAAGGAUAUGUGAAAACUUAUAAAGCUGCAGGAUGAGCAAUGAUGUUUUUGAUGUGCAGAUAUUAAAUGAGAAGUUGUCAAAACUCAACAACUCACAGCAGAGCAUUGAAUCUUUAUCGCGCUGGUGUAUUUUGCAUCGGAAAAAAGCAAGACAGAUUGUUGAAAUAUGGGAUAAAUUGUUCAACUCAUCCCAGAGAGAGCAACGUGUCUCUUUUCUAUAUUUGGCUAAUGACAUAUUGCAAAAUAGCAGGCGGAAGGGUAGUGAGUUUGUGAAUGAAUUCUGGAAAGUUCUUCCUGCAAUACUCAAACAGGUUUAUGAAAAUGGGGAUGAACAUGGGAAGAAAGUGGUGACUAGACUGGUUGACAUAUGGGAGGAAAGGAAGGUUUUUGGUUCUCGGGGACAGGGUCUUAAAGAUGAAAUGCUUGGUAAGAAUCCUCCUCCUCUGAUAGCGAGCAAUGGAAAGAGCUCAAACCCUAUCAAGAUAGUAAAAAGGGAUGCCCAUUCAGUAAGAAUUAAAUUGGCUGUUGGAGGUCUGCCAGAGAAGAUUCUUACGGCAUUUCAAUCAGUAAUUGAUGAACAGCUUGAUGAAGAAGCUGCUUUAAAUAAGUGUAUCACUGCUGUAUUCCACGUUGGUAAAAUUAGGGAAGAAAUGGAAAACGGUUCAACUUUAGGAAAUCAACAAGGUUCCGCAUUUGUGGAUGAGUUACAAGUGCAGGAAAAUGUCCUCCAGCAAUGUUUGGGGAAGCUUGAAAGUGCUGAAGCAACCAGGGCUAUGUUGAUUUCCCAGCUUAAAGAGGCUCUUCAGGACCAAGAAUCAAAGCUGGAUGCUAUUCGUUCUCAGUUAGAAGUUGCUCGACGCCAAAUUGAGCAAGCAGUCAAUCUGAGAAAUAGGUUGACAUCUCCCAUUGUUCCUGGCCCCACCACUUCCAUACCAAUGCCAGAUGCUGCCAAGGUUAUUGAGCACAAUACACCUCCUGUUCAGCCAACUAGCACUCCACCUCAGCCUACCCUUGGACAACCUGUGGUUUCUUUUGCACCAAUGAAAACUACAGAUGAGGAGAACAAGAAAGCAGCAGCAGCAGCUGUUGCUGCUAAGCUUGCUGCCUCUACAUCCUCAGCACAAAUGCUUACGUCUGUUCUUUCGUCUCUUGUUGCUGAGGAAGCUGCCUCCAUGAAUGGUGGCUUAAAAUCAACUGGAUUUACCACAGCCUUGGCCAUGUUUUCUCCAGAGAAACGACCAAAACUUGAGAAACCAAUGCCAGUAUCUGAUAGUAAUUCUGAUAUAGGUAAUACAGCCUACUUUAAUCCUUUACAACAGCAACCAGGGACAACUAUGCCUCUUGUGCCGCCAUCUUCAAGCAUGCAAUCCAUGUCCCCAUCGCACCAGAUACAAACUUCAUUUGGUGCUUUACCACCAUUGCCACCUCCACCACCUUUAUCUCCAGCCAAUGCACCAGCGAAUCAGUAUGUCCAGUCUUCUGGUAUGAUGAUGGGGGUAGUGCCUUACGGAUAUGGAGCUAAUGCACUACCACCCCCACCCCCUUUACCCCCACAUAUUGCAAUGGGAUUGGCAAGGCCUGCUGCUCAGUCAUCACUACAGUCGCAACCUCAGCAAGCACAGCAGCAGCAGACACCAGCAACUGGAGGAUACUACAGGCCACCAGGCAUUGGAUUCUAUGGACAAAACCAUCAAGCGGCUACACCACCAGUACCUCGGCAGUGAGUCUAACCAAUGGGCCAAAUGGCGUUCAAUGGGUCAUUGGUUUUAUGGUUCAAAAUCAUCAGUAAACUCCACAAUUAGCUUAGGGAUGAAUGCCUGUUGAAAUAUCACCGAGCCUGGAGGGUCUCCUCUUUUGUGAUAUCGUGUAUAUUUAAUAGAAAAGUAGGUACAUCUAGAGGCUUUAUUUUAAGUCUGUCAAGAUGCGCAUUACCCCCUUCUUCCUCCCAGUCAGAAUCUUAAUCUAUUGAAUCAAGUAUCUGUUGGGUUAAAUAGGGAGCUCUUCACAGAUGGAAUUUUCCUAGAUAGCUGUAUCUUAAACUAACUGUUCAUUACCAUUAGCAACAUAUUAUUUGUACUGCUUGCUUA